UUUACAAAAAAAAUACAAAGUCAUCAACGUCAAACAAAAGUAUUAUUUUUGUGAUUGUGAAAUUAAUUUAUUCUAAAUCAUAAUUUUAUUUUCUUGCUUUUGUUCUAAUAAUUUCUAAAAUGUCUUGCCGCAAUGCUUCUCACGCUGGAAGUUGGUACACUGAAAAUGGCAGCGAGCUAUCGCGGCAGCUGGACCUAUGGCUGUCCAAGGCAGACCUGACUCACGGCCCCGCGCGGGCCAUUAUAGCACCGCAUGCGGGUUAUUCGUAUUGCGGCGCGUGCGCGGCUUUCGCGUACCGGCAAGUCAGUCCCGUGGUUGUCAAGCGGAUCUUCAUCCUAGGCCCGUCCCACCACGUCAGAUUGGGAGGCUGUGCUCUCUCCUCUCUGGACAAAUACCAGACGCCGCUCUAUGACCUCACCAUAGACAAACAAAUAUACGCAGAGUUGGAAGCGACUCGUCAGUUCGAAUGGAUGGACGUACAGACGGACGAAGAUGAGCAUUCCAUAGAGAUGCAUCUGCCAUACAUAGCUAAAGUUAUGGAGGAAUAUAAAACCGGUUUCACUAUUAUACCAAUUUUGGUUGGGUCACUAACGCCUGAGAAAGAAGCGAAAUACGGCGCAAUCUUAGCGCCUUACCUGGCGGACCCUCAGAACCUAGUGGUGGUUUCGUCCGACUUCUGCCACUGGGGCUCGCGGUUUCGGUAUACUUGGCGCGACCAAGCCCGCGGACCCAUCUACCAGAGCAUCGAGUGGCUUGACAAACAGGGCAUGGACAUAAUCGAGAAAAUGGACCCGCGAGCGUUCACAGAAUACCUCAACAAAUACGGAAACACCAUCUGCGGGAGACACCCUAUCGGGGUACUACUGCAAGCCAUAGCCCGCCUCCAGUCUCAAUCCAACGCGCCUAGGAUGUCGAUGAAGUUCCUGAAGUACGCACAGUCAUCCCAGUGUAUGAAUCUUCAAGACUCCUCCGUGUCGUAUGCCAGUGCAUCCCUGGUCUUCGAGUAAGGCGAGUUUGAGGCUGCAGAGCGAUUUAUGUUAGGCACUGGUUCUACCCCUGACGAAAGCGACUAGCUGACGAGUUCAAUUGAUAUUUAUGGGCUGUCAAAACGUGACAAAAA